AUGAAGAUGAAACAAUUUCUUGAGUGCGAAUAUGCACUCUCAAAUCGAAUAAAGUGUGCAACUUGUCAUGUAGUUAUUUUUAAGCAUGAACUAAAGAUUGGACAUAUAUUUUUAAGAAAAGAUGAAGGUAUAAUUGUAAUUCAAAUAAUUUCAGGGUAAUAAUUUGAUAAGAAGGUUUGGUAUCAUGUUCAUUGCAUUAAAAAAUGGCCUACUGGAGAAAAAGGAUAAGAAUUGCCACUUUUUCGAUUGUAAACCUUAAAGGCAGAAGAUUAAUUAAGAAUCAAGGAAUUAUACAAAUCAUUACAAGAGAAACCAAAAAGUAAAUGUAUGAAUUAAAUUCAAGAUAAAAAGGAAAUUAAGGUCUUAUCAAAACAAGAACAAUAUGAAAAAUAUGUGACUGUAAAGAAUUUAAAUGACCCUGGCUAAAUAGAAGAAGAUGAUGAUUGCAUAAUGCUUUGA